AUGUGUUUAAUAAGAAUUUCCACAUUUCUUUCGUUAACGUUUUUGGUGAAUUGUCAACGUUUAAACGAAGAGGAGAACAAGUUGCUUCAAAAUGUUUGCGGUACCCACAUGGACUGGUCGGAUGACGUCGUGCGGAAAGUUUUCAAUCCCGAACCAGUUAAUCUCGCUCAAGCACCUUGGACUGUAUUCUUAAGGUACAGCAGAGGGACCACAUGCUCCGGCACUUUGAUCUCUUCGAGACAUGUCAUAACAGCAGCACAUUGUUUCUUCGACAAGAAAAACUUGCAAGUUCAAUUCAUCGAAUCCCGACCCUUAAAUCCAAAAAAGUGUUACAACAACGGAGUCUAUGUUCCACUUCGCACAUUGCGCGGACUGAAACUAAGAUUUGGAUCAGUUUGCAAUCAUGCCGACGAUUGCAGUAAAACUGGAAGAGCUUUGAAUUUUCAAGUUUCUUGCAAUCUUCCACAACAUGUGUGGUUUUGCAUUGCUUCUGAAACGAAGAAGCAAUUAGCGUGCGAAGGCGACAGUGGAAGCGGAGUUGUCUAUAAAUCGAACUCGAGAGUUUAUUUGACUGGUGCAGUAAGCAGAGGAAUCCACUGUAGGGAUCGAUUGGUAUUCGAUGAAAGUGUGUUGAACAACGUCGACUUGGUCACCCCAAUUUAUUAUCAUCUAGCGGACAUUUGCCGAUUUUCUGGAGUCUGUCCCAUCGAGGGAAAUGUUUUGAAUGUUCAGAAGAAAUCCGCACUAGAUUCGUUGAACGGCGUGAAAAGUUCAAUUCAGCACAACGCAGAGAAAUCAAUGAUUUUCGUAGCACUUCUAUCCUAUUUGGUGUUGGCCUAA